UUGUGAAAUAAAGACGUCAGAACACGCCCACACACGUCCUCUUCAACCCCCUGGCGGCCGCGUGUGUGUCUGUUUACGUAUUUCUAGUGCCACCAGAAGACUCGUAGUGACAAGCUUAUUUGGCUCAAUAGGUGAUACCAGUGCUUGACAUACAGUGUUGCUUUGUUGUACAAUAACAGUCGGGAUUUUUAAUUUAAUCUUUCUUCAGUUUAAUGUGUUGCAUCAUGAACCAUUUGUGACCCCAAAAAAGGGAUACAUUUUCUGCAUGACUUUUUCUCCAAUUUAACCCACGAUGAUGAAUUCAGGGGAGUGCGCAGUGGGCAGUUUCACCAUGCCCUCCGUGGGGGUAGCAGUGUCAUCGCCGAGCCACGCCCAUCUGGAUUUCAAUGACAAUGUGACGCCCGCAGCCAUGACGGCCCACCUGGCCGAUAGCGGAAUGCCCCACUACCCGUCCCACGGAGGUCUCAUGAGCGGCUCCUUUUCAGGGGGUGGCCUCGGAGGAUCUCUUUUCCAGCACUACCAAGGCUCUAACGGUGCGGCCGGAGGAGGAGCAGGAGGAGGAGCAGGAGGAGGAGGACCUUUGCGGUCCGGACAUCCCACCCACGGAGGAUUCCUGUACACGGGCAUGCACAAUUCCCACCUCAUGGCCACCCACCACCACCACCACCACCACCCUCACCAUCAGCACCAUCACCACAGGGGCCCUGAACCAUACCCGGGCGGGGGAGGAGGGGGUGGCCCACGUGCCGGGAGUGAAAAGGCCCGCCGGGAGCACAGGAUCCGGAGGCCCAUGAACGCCUUCAUGGUCUGGGCCAAAGUCGAGCGCAAGAAGCUGGCCGAUGAGAAUCCCGAUCUGCAUAAUGCUGACCUCUCCAAGAUGCUCGGGAAGAAAUGGCGAGCUCUGACGCCAACGGAGCGCCGCCCUUUUGUUGAAGAAGCAGAGCGGCUGCGUCUGAAGCACAUGGCGGACCACCCUGACUACAAAUACCGACCCCGUCGGCGAAAGCAACAACCGCCUAAGAAGCCCGGAGGGGGUCAGGGUCCCCCUGGUCCUCCGUCAGCAUCUUCUUCGCCCUCCUCCACCACGACAGCAACCACAACCACUUCAUCCCAGCAGAGGAAGGACAGUCCAGCCUUGCCGGGAGGUUUCUUACAAGCGACCUUGACGAGGCCUUUGAAUUCGAGCGAGCUCAACGGCUCUCCGGUGCCCCCGCCAUCUUUCCAAAACCAGGUCUUGGCCCUACACACACCGGAUGCCUCCCCUACUUGCUCCCCCGAACCUGCAUGGCCCCCUCCCCCCCCUCAAGUUGCCCCAGCCAUUCCUCCUUGCACUCUGGCGGCCUUGCCUACACCGCCAGAAGCCUCCCCACACGACCACGACCACCUCCACACUUCCGCCAACACCAACAGCAAUCUUCAACACCACCAACACCAACAACAGCAGCAGCCCCACCAGCAUCCCCAACAACACCUCCCUCACGCUCACCCCCAGCAGCAGAUGGAAGGCCCAAACCAUUCAUCCGCCAUCAACAGCACUAAGUUGUCCCAGCAUUAUUUUGCGCAUCAUCCGACCUACCCAAAUUUCCACUAUCCUGGACACAUGUACGGAUACGACUAUCACGAUUACUCGGCUGGUCCCGAUGGCUACUACCCGCAUCAGUACGACCCUCAGGGAUACGGCAGUGACCAUCACCAUCAUCAUCCUGCUUUCACACAUCCUGCUUUCAGCAGUCCAAGAAGCGAAGUGAGCGCCGACGGAGGUGCGAGCGUCGGCGCCUCCAGUAACGAAGGCGUGGGCGUACAGCCAGGGGAAUCGAUGGGAGGAGGUGCGGGCGGGGACGCGGAGGUGUUCGACGACGUCGAUCGAUCCGAGUUUGACCGAUACCUGAAGGGGCCGGAGCGCCCUUCUGCUGUUGUCAACCCGAACUUCACCUACACUCCCCCGGUUAACGGCAGGUAUCUCCAAGUAGGAGGUGGAGGAGGAGGAGGUUCUGCCAGUAGCGCAGGCACCGCCGGUGCCACCUCAGGAGGGGGUGGAGGAGGAGGAGGAGGAGUCGCAAACAGCCAACAGUACCAAGACUCCUCCUUCACUGCCCUCGUGAAGGAAGAGCCAGAGGACUCCUCCGGAGGCAGCGGGACAGAAGGAAAGUCGACGGACACUGCCUGUCCCUCUUCGGAAAGCAGCAGCAGCCGGGGGGGCGACAGCAACACCUCUAGUCUUCUGUCAGCGCUCGCUGACGUCAGAGAACUCUAUUAUGAACAUUCGUAAAGCUGUGGAGUUCUUCAAGGUUACGAACAUUCGUAAGACUGAAAAUUCAGAUAGAUUAAGAAAAUCUUUUGAUUUUGAGCAUUGGAAAAAAAUCCGUUAACUUUGAAUGAGGGUCACGUGAAGGGGGAAGGAAGUGCAGGUUCUAGAAGAGCGACUUUGGGAAUUGUCCAUUCCGAGUGGCAUCCAAGUUGUCUGUUUAAAUUCUAUGUGAUUUGGAAGACUUAAUACUUUACUUUAAUUCGACAUUUUGAAUGAGAUUACAUUGUCCUUCUCUUUGAUAACGAAUGCUUAACAUAGAUCUAAAAUAAAAACAUAUCUUUCAAGUUUACCUAAAAGUGACCCUUUUGAUACUAAACCACUAUAUUAUGUAGUUUUUAGAUAUACUUAAAUUAUUGCCAAUUGAAUUUGUGAAAUGUUGAUUCUCUUUGAGAUCUGUUCUUGGUUUGUCGGUUGAUUACUUUUGUUGAGAUGAUGGAAAUGUAGCUUUUUUUGGUUUAUGUGAACAGAUGACUAAGUCUCAGGAAAAAUGAAGAGGAAUAAAUGCUACACCUUUCACCUCCGAGAUUUUUGUAAGUAAUAGAUUUUAAGGUGUUUGAUGUAUCCGUGUGACUUUGUAAGAUGGUGCUGUUGUUACGUCAUCUGCAGAGGUGUGUUUGUAUCCUAAGAAAUCUUUGAAUUCCGAACGCUAGCAGGUCCCAUGCGAAACGUCCAGCGCUUGAGUAUCAAUAUUUUUGUUUUGAUACGUUCGCAGUUUGAUAUUGAGAGCAUUUUCAUAAAAUGCUUUCAUGUGUAGACAGCACGUGGAAAGAUAUAUACAGUAUAUUGGAGCCAAACUGGCGCACCAAAGACUUCUUACAAUUUUUUAGGGAAAGACUGUAGCAAAAAAUGAAGUUCUUGUUAUAUUUAAGUGUGAAUGGUAUUGUAUCAUUAUCAAAGUAAAUUAUAGUGAUAUUUGUCCCCAGCGGUGAAAAUGACUGAAUAUUAUGAAAUGUUCUAAUUUGUCCUUCGUUAGCAAUGUGCCUGAGUGGUUGGUAAUGACUGCGCCUUGAAGAUAAAAUAGUGAAAAAUAAGUCAUACCAAGUGAAGAGGAAAUAAGAGACGUGACUAAAGUGGCCCUGUGUCGAAGUGAGUCCUGUGCUUAUGACUGGCGAAACAAUGUUGGUCAUAAACAUUGUAAAUACGUACAAGUGAAUAUGUCGAGGCUUUGAAGCGAUUAGAGAAGUGAAUGCUUACCACUGUACAGUGCAGAAGGCUGGUGUCUGAGACAUUUUAUACUGCUAUAUGUGUAAAGCGCUGUUAUAUGAGCAGCAACCACUGAGCGAGGAAGCUGCCCACUGGUCUUGCGACCUCAACCUUUGAAACUGCAAUCUAGAAUACAUAGAUAUUUUUGUAGCCAGGUAGUGAGCAGAUUUCCCACCUGAACAACAUUAGACAUAUUUGUACAUAAAAUGAUGUUUAUAAUUGUUGCAUACUGUCUAUGUCUAUUUUUCAUAAAUGUUAUGACGUAAAGAUGUAGUCUGUUAAUUCUACAAAUGCGCUAUGCAAUAUAAAUCCAGGUCAGUAAUGUCUUUACCAAGUAUUGGUUUUUUGUUUCGUAAGAUUCUAAUUUUCCAUAAUAAAGACUUUCAUGUUCACACUCACAUACAUA